UAGCCGACCAAAAUGGCGGGUAAAACGGCCCAAAUCUCUAUUCGGCCCGGUUCAGUCCGUUGUGCGGGAGAUUGCUUGCCUUAUGCCUUUGUCCGUUGCUUCUCCUUCUCCUCCUCUCCCUCACCUGCCUCUAAAAAAGCUCCCAAUUUUACCGUCAGAAUCAAUGGAUCCCUCCAUUUUCAAAGCAUUUCUGAUGAUUUUUUCUCGAAUAAUCCAAGCAUUAAUUCCAAAUUCCCAUCUUUGAAGCAGUCCUAGCUCCAAAAAUUUGUCUCAUUAGCAGAUUGCUGAUACAAUUUAUUUGAUUAGUAUUGAGCUUCUGCUAGAAUUGGAAGGAAGGUGAUUUAGGGUUAGGGUUUCAUUGGAGUGGGUCAGAAAUGGGGGUUGAUUACUAUAACGUAUUGAAGGUGAACCGGAGCGCCACCGACGAGGAUCUCAAGAAGGCCUACCGCAGGCUUGCGAUGACGUGGCACCCCGACAAGAACCCAGGAAACAAGGUGGAAGCCGAGGCCAAAUUCAAGCAGAUUUCUGAAGCCUAUGAGGUCUUGAGUGAUCCUCAAAAAAGAUCAGUGUAUGACCAAUAUGGAGAAGAGGGAUUGAAGGGCAUGCCUGCCCCUGGUUCUGCAGCCUCUGCAGCUAAUGACUUCAUAUUCAAUCCUCGCAAUGCAGAAGAUAUAUUCGCAGAAUUCUUUGGGAGUAGUCCAUUUGGAUUUGGUUCCAUGGGGCGUGCAAAGUCCAUGAGGUUUCAAGGAGAUGGAGGGAGCAUCUUUGGUAGUUUCGGCGGGACAGAGAAUGUCUUCCGUUCAUAUAAUGAGGGUGUUGGAACUGGCAUGGGAGGCCAUUUAAGGAAAGCACCACCGGUGGAGAGCAAACUGCCUUGCAGCCUUGAAGAGCUUUACACUGGUUCAACCAGGAAAAUGAAGAUAUCUCGAAAUGUCCUGGACGCAAGCGGACGACUGGUGCCCGAGUCUGAGAUACUAACAAUCGACAUAAAGCCUGGAUGGAAGAAAGGAACUAAGAUCACAUUCCCUGACAAAGGCAAUGAACAAGUAAACCUCCUCCCUGCAGACCUUGUCUUUGUGAUCGAUGAAAAGCCUCAUGAGGUGUUUAAGAGGGACGGCAAUGAUCUUAUAGUUAACCAGAAGAUCUCAUUGGCCGAGGCAUUGGGGGGAACCUUGGUGGAGCUCACUGCAUUGGAUGGCCGUGAGCUAUCAAUUCCAGUCAAUGACGUGGUGAGCCCAGGGUUCGAGCUUGUUGUGGCCAAAGAAGGAAUGCCAAUUAUCAGGGAGCCAGGCAGGAAGGGAAACUUAAGGAUCAAAUUUGAAGUCAAAUUCCCCUCCAGACUUGCUCCGGAACAGCGUGCAGGUAUCAAACGAAUACUUGGCGGUUGAUACCGUGCUUUUGCUUCACAAUCAAACAGACAAACAAAAAGCUAGUGAGUAUACUUUCACUAAAAUCAUCACUAAUAGUGAAAAGAGAUAAAAGGAAGAAGAAGACAACAAGAAACCAUGGCAUGUGUUUGUUGAUUCUCUUUGUAUUGUUUGUUAUUGUGACAAGCCUGGUGCUUGGCAAGCACUCUUAUGUUUGUUUGUAUAUUUUGGUAUCAAGCUGCUUUGGUAGCCGGCCAUUGAUAUAUGGUUCUUUGAUGAUUAUAAGCAUUUCUUGUAUCCUUCUUAGAAUUCCCUGUGGAUUUUAUUAUGCAAUCCCUUAUG